CUUUCACGUCGGUGCACGGAUAGUAAGCUAACGGAUAAUGCAAACACAAACUAAAAUAAACAACGCAGAUUGUCCCUAAAGACGGUAUAGCACGGGAAGGUUUUACUAUUUGUGCCGACUCUUUCUUGUUGGACUAUUAUUCGUGGAAAUGUGAUGCAGCCAUCGCUGCGAGGACACACGCAUUGGGUAACGUGAGCUAACUGACGUUAGCAAUAGCCUGCUAAUUGUUAACGUUCCGCAAGGCCGCGGAGACAUAGGAGUGCUGCUUCCUCCUCCAGCUUCACUGAGAAUGUAGGUAACAUUACGACCCAAGGAACAAAAUUACAACUAACUAACUAGCUAGUUCUGUUGAGUAUUCGAUUGCAUUUACGUUUGUUUUAGCUGAGCUUGCGGGCUACCUAGCUUGUUAGCUAUUUGGCUAGCUAGCUAGCAUGAGUGAACUGACGGACUGCAAACAGUCCGCUGACUCUGCAUCGAGGAAACGGUGUCCAUCACCCAGCCAGGAUGAAGGCAGCACGAUUCCCAGCAAGUCCUCAAAAGUAAGUGACGCAUUAAAUGAAGCCGGGGUUACUUCGGAAAGUCGCAAAAACAGUGAAGCUGAGAGUAAAGAAGCAGCUGAGAGCGAGGGCCAGUCAAAAGAUAGCUUGGAAGAACCAGCUGCCGUGCAAGCGUUUAAGGGUUCAGUUAGCACGGGUGGUACUAGUACAUUUCCUGUCAACAACUCCAAUGCUGACGGUCACGAUGCCAGCAACAACGAUAAACCACAGUCCUCAGGUGCACAUGGAUUUGCUGACGCAAAGGAAGUUGGAGAGAAGACAGCAGGAUCAGAGCGGCGUCCCAUUGCUCCUCUGGACCAGUCCGACUCAGCAGCCAUAGCAGCUGCUGAAGCUCUCGCCAGUCUCACAGGGGGAGACGGUGAAGACAGUCAAGAGACUCCUUGCUCAUCUGAAAAAGCUAAACAGGUUAAACAGGGGAGUAAAUUCAAACAACGUGGGGGCCAGCAUUCCUCCAAAACAGGCUCUAAAACGCAGGCAGCUGCAGCAGAUAGCUCCACAUCUGUGCACAGUACUGAUAGAGAAGAUGCAGAUGAUGUGCCUGAAGCAGAUGAAGGUGAUGAAUCCAUAUCUGGAUCUUCGUCCACGCCAAGCUCCUCUUUCCCAUCAGACAAUGAGGACAACGAUGAUGGGGAGUGUGCCAUUGUGUCAGUUAAGAUGGCCCCUGAGAUGAGACAAUCAGUGGCUCUCCUGGCACAGGUACAGAUGAGACUGGAAGCCCUUGAGAAGAAAAGCGCCCGGCUUCAUCAACGGCUGGAGCUGAAGAUUAGUCGUCAGCGGCGCCCACAUCUGGAUCAGCGUAGCUCCAUUACAAAAACCAUCCCUGGCUUCUGGGUGACAGCUCUGUUGAACCAUCCUCAUCUUUCAGCUCACAUUGACGAGACUGAUGAAGAUGCUCUUAGUUACAUGACUGAUCUUGAGAUCGAGUCUUUCAAGAAUAACAAACUGGGCUACAGGAUUCGCUUCCACUUCAGACGGAACCCAUAUUUCCAGAACAACAUCAUCAUGAAGGAGCUGCACCUUGGGAUGGGAGGAUCCCCCAUGUCCUUCUCCAACCCCAUCCUAUGGCAUCGUGGACAAAAUCUGACAGCCCACAGCGAACCCAGGAAAUCGACACGUGGGGUCUAUCAGACCUUUUUCAGCUGGUUCAGUGACCAUAGCAACCCAGGACAAGAUGAUGUAGCACAGAUACUUAAAGACGACCUGUACAGAGAUCCACUGAGAUAUUACCUCACUCCACUCUGGGAACCGAGGGAGAAUGGCAGUAGUGGCAGCGGGACUAGAGCAGCUGACAAUGGUAACGGUGAUGAGUGUGUGGUAAUAUCCGACUCAGAUGAUGAGCCUGGUGAGGAGACUGGUGAGGCUGAGCAAGGCCACAGUAGGGAGGAGGAGGAAGAUGAUGAAGAGGAGGAAGAAGAAGAAGAAGAGGAGGAGGAGGAGGACAGGGGGCCAAGCGCAGAUGAGAGCCCAGGGGAGGAGGAUGAUGGUGGAGAAAUUGUGAUCGACGGUAAGACACGACUCUCAACAGCAGCGCUCUGA